GAAGGCAGUCAUUUUCUCUUCCGGGGGUCCAGGACAUUUCUUGCUCUCAGCCGUCCCUCCUUCUACUCCUCCUCUUCUUCACUUGCAAGCCGCAGACCUGAGCGGGGUAUCAACUUUUCUCCACUGCUUCACAGUCAUUUACCGCCGACACCAUGUCCGCUGGAAACGCUAACAUCGGAAAGCCUGCCCCACAGUUCAAAGCCACAGCUGUUGUGGAUGGACAGUUCAAGGACAUCCAGCUGUCUGACUACAAAGGGAAGUACGUGGUUUUGUUUUUCUAUCCCCUGGACUUCACAUUUGUGUGCCCCACCGAGAUCAUUGCUUUCAGCGACAGGGCCGAGGAGUUCCGCAGUCUUGGCUGCGAGGUCAUUGGCUGCUCCGUAGACUCCCACUUCAGCCACUUGGCAUGGAUUAAUACACCAAGAAAGCAGGGUGGUCUGGGUAGCAUGAAAAUCCCCCUUGUUGCAGACCUCACCAAGACAAUCUCCAGAGACUACGGUGUGCUGAAGGAGGAUGAUGGCAUCGCAUUCAGAGGCCUGUUCGUAAUCGACGACAAGGGAAUCUUGAGGCAGAUCACCAUCAAUGACCUGCCCGUGGGUCGCUCUGUGGAUGAGACUCUGCGUCUGGUUCAAGCCUUCCAGCACACUGACAAACAUGGGGAGGUGUGCCCUGCCGGCUGGAAACCUGGUAGUGACACCAUCGUCCCCGACGUGGAGAAGAGCAAAGCAUUUUUCUCCAAGCAGUAAAUGUGAAGGUCUUCUAGGCCCGACGAUCUCCUAACCGAAGCACUUGCCUUCAGAUGAGAGGUGUCCCUAUGAACCAGGAUUUCAUGGCGUCCAGUCUAAAUAUGUUAAAACAAAAUUCUCAGCUCGUUUGUGAAAAGAAAUUCCUUCUGUGGCUAAUCAUUGUACGUCCAUAGUACAAUUGGUGGGGAAACCUCGUAGUCUCAAGCACUGAAAAUAUAGUUUUUGUUCCUUUUUCAAAGAAAGUGUUGAUAUUUUUCCUUGCUGUCAUUAAUCAUUUGCUACCAGCUUUAUUAAAACAGUGGGAAAUUUAA